AUGGAUAUUGUACGUUGGGGACUCUAUGGUAACAUCUACACGGAGACUUAUGAACACCUUUCCGACGGUGGACCAAAAUGCUAUAACGAUAUGACUAACACCUUUCGUAUUUCAAUCUCAACGAUUUCUGCAAUAAUUUGUUUCCUUGUGAUGAAAAAAUGCUGGGCGAAAAUAAAAACAUCCUAGGAAUUGACAAGAGCUUUGGGGAAGAAGCCUAGUAUUUUAGAGUACUUGGUGGGUCUGGCAUGUUGGGGAACAUUUAUUGUUUAAACCGGAUAUAAAUUGUAUACAGGAAGGGGUGUGUUUAUGAAUAACCCAUGUCAUAUAGUGUUAUUGAUGUAGGGAUAUGUGUUAUUGACGAAAAAGCAUAAAUUCAGUGCUGUCAUUUUUAUAUGCCAAUUAAGGUGGCUAUAUGGAGUAUUUGCAGCACUGAAAUUCCCAGUUACUACAGGUAUGGAAUUGCCCUUAGAAGUGGAAUUCUUUUGGAUAGAACACCUUCUUGGAGCAUUCGCAGGUCCCUUGGCUUUGACAUUAAGUGGAAGAUUUUUCUUUUUUGAAUGGAAGACCUUCUUUGUUCAUCAGAUGUUCGGAUGGGACUCUCAUGUCCUUUAUUAGAGAAUUUACAUGUUGCCAAUCUCAUUAAUGACUUGGGCUAAUUUAAACUAUAUGCUUUGUCGACCAGACCAUGAUCCCUUUUUUCCAUACAUCGGAAAUUGGUAUUAUGUGUUUUCGGAGAUCUACUUAAACUUGCUUAGUAUAAUCGCAUUCGUCAUUGUGUUCACAUUAACUUGGGUGAUAAGAAAAAUCAUAAGAUAUAAAGAAAAAUAAGAUUGA